AUGUCUGAGAUACCUCAGAAAUUGAGGCCACCAGAGGGCGACAUUGGCUGCGUGUGUCACGAUUCUUUCGCCCUGUCCACCCAAGCCAACUACUGCCACUGGUUCUGUGCGGAGUGCAUUCUGAGGGCGUGGCAUCACAGCUCAGCUCUCGUCCCCUGCAAGUGCCCCAUCUGCCUCAUAUCUCUCCCAUCCCAUCCUCCCCCAUGUCUCGCUGUUGUAUGUUAUGCCCCAACACAAUUACCACAUGCAUUCUACACAGCGGAGUGCAUCCUGAGGGUGUGGCAUCACAGCUCGGCGCUCGUCCCCUGCAAGUGCCCCAUCUGCCGCCGCACCAUCACCCUCCUCCUGCCCUCCCACUCCGUCGAAGCAUCGCCUCCCACCCACACAGCCACACACCCUUUGCCCUCCCCUGAACCUCAACCAUCCGCACCCUCAUUGGAUGACCAGCUAAGGGAAUCAUCUAGGCCUUCUCCCUCAAGCGGUCGUUGCCUUGAUCAGAGGCCUUCUCCCUCUGAUCCAUCUAAGCCCUCUCUCGCUGAUCCACCCAGACCCUCUUCGGAGCAGCAAACAGAAUCGCAAAGAGCAUUUCCUUCUGAACCUGUGGAAAACCAGCAGAGAGAGUCACUUAGGCCCUCUCCCUCCAGUUCUGAGCAGCAGCAGGAGCCGCAGCAAGAGGAGGGGUACCGGCAGCAGCAGCAGCCAGAAUUAGCAGCAGGGGAAGCAAGGAAUUCGAACAUUGCCGGUGCAGCUGCUCCUGAGCCUUCAGAUUCAGACCGUCUUUCUGACGGCGCCCUGCCUCUCUCCCCGGAGCAUUCUUUGGAGCUGCUGAGGGAGGUGGCCCGAUACAAUCGGCUCUUUGGAGGCGUGCCCGUGUCGCUGUGGCAGCUGCUGAGGGAGGUGGCUCGCUACAACCGGCUCUUUGGAGGGGUGCCCGUGUCGCUCUGGCAGCACUCUGUUGAGCUGCUGAGGGAGGUGGCUCGCUACAACCGCCUCUUUGGAGGGGUGCCCGUGUCGCUGUGGCAGGUAAACUGGGAGGUGGCUCGCUACAACCGCCUCUUUGGAGGGGCGCCCGUGUCGCUGUGGCAGCCCAUCCUGGGUACGCCUCUGCUCCUCUCUCGGCUUGCUCGCAACCUCUCUGACCCGCUCAGGGCUCUCCUCAUGGCUGUUACCAACUCCCUCCCCCUACCUCUUUCCACCCCUUCCCACCACUCCCAACAUCUCCUGAUCUCUUUCCCAUCCAUUCCCACCCCUCGUCACCACUCUGCAGCGCAUCCUGGACAUGCCGCUGCUUCUCUCUCGACUCGGUCGGGACCUGACCGACCCGCUAAGGGCCCUCCGUUUGCUGCACAACGCGCGAAUGGUGUUCUGUACGAUCUGCUCCUCCUCCUCCUCUGCCUCGCCUUCCACCUCUCCCUCGUCUACUGCGACCCUGUGCUCUUUCUCACUGUGCUCUUUCUCACUGUGCUCUUUCUCACUGUGCUCUUUCUCACUGUGCUCUUUCUCACUGUGCUCUUUCUCACUGUGCUCUUUCUCCCUGUGCUCUUUCUCCCUGUGCUCUUUCUCACUGUGCUCUUUCUCACUGUGCUCUUUCUCACUGUGCUCUUUCUCACUGUGCUCUUUCUCACUACGACUUGCUUCUCCUCCUCUGCCUUAUCUAACGCCACCCUUCUCACCUAUGUGUCUGCCCUUUCCCAUGCCUUCUCUCCUCCUUGUUCUCCCUCUGCUCCCUCCUUCCCACCAGUCGCCAUGGGAAUCGUCGGCCUGUUAGACGAUUUCCUCCUCCUCCUCUGCCUCGCCUUCUACCUCUCCCUCAUCUACCGCCACGCUGUCCUCGCAGCAGCCUCUGUCCUCCCCGCCGCCCCCGUCCGCUCCAUCCCUUUUACAAGGCUCUUCGCUACACGAGAUGAUGCAGGGGCAGUGCAUGGAGGGGAGGGGGGAGGGGCCAGGUGGAGGGUAGCCUCUGUCCUCCCCGCCGCCCCCGCCCGCUCCAUCCCUUUUACAAGGCUCUUCGCCACUCGUGAUGGUGCGAGUGGUGGAGGGCAGAGGCACGAGGGAGGAUCGGAGGGUGGGGGAGGGCAGAGACACGAGGGAGGUUUGGAGGGUGGGGGACGGGUGUGGAGAGGUGGGGGAGGGGAGAGUGUAUUCGGAAAUGUGAUGGCCUAUGGGGACGAUGCCGGGGGUUUGAGAUGGGGAAUGAAUCUCUGA